AUUUUCGACAAUGCCAGUCGCAAACAGGUGGCGAAUGGCGCCGCUUGUUCUUCCAUUUUGUUUACGGCUAUUUACCAUUAUUUUUAAACAAAUUACGCCUCUGUAUAUCGUACUAUAAUACACUUGGUUGUUUGUGUUUCUUAUUAUACAACACUAACCUACAAAUGCAGACACCGGCAGCAAAGUGGCAGACAAUUCCCGUUCAUUGUUAAAACGAACGCGUUUGCGGCCGGUGGCGUUGCCUUAUAUAGUUUAAUUAAAUUGUUAACAAGUUCAAAGUGAUAUUAAAAAAAGUGCAUGUGCUGUCUAUAAAUAUGCCAGUCUCUAAUAAUACUGAGGGUGAACAUUUGAACCCGCCAUUUAAGGUUGAAAUAACGCCACAGCAAGCGGAAAUUAAUAAGAAACAAACAUGGAGCAAACUCCUAUUGUUGGUUGCCUUUGCAACGACUCUAGGCGCAGCUGUGCCCACAGGCUAUUGCAUAGGUGUUAUCAAUUCACCUGCAAACCUUAUGAAAGCGUGGUGCAAUGAAACAGUGAUUGAAAAAUAUGGCAGUUCGAUGAGUGAAGGUGGCUUGGACAUACUCUGGUCGUCCGUUGUUUCCGUCUUUCUGGUUGGUGGAGCCAUCGGAUCGCUGAGUGGAGCUGGGUUGGCCAAUAAAUUUGGCAGAAAAGUCUGCCUGUUCAUUUGUGCCUCUCUCUUUGCCAUUGGCGCCGUGCUCUUCUUCUUCUGUCGCGCCGCCAAGUCCGUGGAGAUGCUGCUGCUGGGUCGAAUAAUUGUGGGUCUGGCCUCUGGCCUAGUCACGGCCACACAGCCAAUGUACCUGUCAGAGCUGGCACCGCCCGCUCAGCGCGGCACCUUGGGCGUCUUCUGUGGUGUCGGCGUCACCGGCGGCGUGGUCGUCGGUCAGGUGUUCAGUUUGGCUAACAUUUUUGGCACAGCCGAACGCUGGCAUUACGCUCUGUCCGCUUACCUAUUGCUCGUCAUUGUCUGUUACCUGCCCUCGUUUCUGUUUCCCGAAAGUCCCAAGUUUCUCUAUGUCAUCAAGAGCAAUCCGGAGGCAGCCAAGCGUGAGCUGUUGCGUCUGCGUGGGCCAAAUGCCAACAAGCUGAUCGAAGAAGAGAUUGUAGAGAUGCAAGCGGAGGCCAAUGAUGACAUGCAAAGCAGCAGCUUUGGCGACGUCCUGCGAGACUCGCGCUUCCUACUGCCACUCAUCAUUGUCUGCUGCUUCCAGGGCGGCCAGCAGCUGUCGGGCAUUAAUGCAAUCUUCUAUUAUUCCGUUUCCAUAUUCACUAAGGCUGGCUUCUCCGAAAAGAAUGCACAGUGGGCAAAUCUAUUCGCUGGCUGCUUAAAUUUAUGCAUCUCACUGCUCGGCCCAUUGCUAAUGGCCACCUGCAAACGUCGCACCUUAAUGAUGCUCUCCAGCUCCCUUUGCUCCAUUUUUCUAUUUGGCAUUGCAUUUAUCUUCAACUAUAUUGAAUCUGUCAGCUGGUUUCCUUGGGCCUGCAUUGUCUGCAUUAUGUGCUAUAUAUUCUUUUAUCAAUUUGGCCUCGGUCCCAUACCCUAUUUCAUUGGCUCAGAACUGUUUGAAGUGGCGCCACGCCCCGUGGCCAUGUCCAUGGGCAGCCUCUCGUCAUGGGCUUGCAAUUUCAUAAUUGGCAUGGCCUUUCCCAGUUUGCAAAGUGCUUGGGGCGCCUUUGUUUUUCUGCCCUUCUCGAUUACCUGUGUGCUGCUUUUCUUGCUAACGAAAUUCUAUCUGCCGGAAACACUAGGACGCGAUCCAUCGGAAGUGGCGCCGCUGGUCUCCAAAGGAUUCCGAUCCAAAAUCAAAUGAGGCGCAACUGGAAAAUAGCUUAAUUUACAAUGGGUAGCUUUAAGUUAAAUGUUUAUUAAUCUACAUAUAUGUUAUAUAUGUGGAGACUCCGUGCCUAUGCUCGACAAUAAGUGUUCGAUUGGUUAACAAUCAUGUAUGUGCAACCAACUAGUAGAACACCCUGUACAAUUGGUAUCCAUUACCAACAUGUGUAAGAGGUACGCUUCUUAUCGCUCGCUGCACAAAUAACAAAAGUUAAUUGCCUUGAGAAACCGACUGUGUUGUUGUUGGUUUUGUUACUUUAGCUAAUUGAAUUUACGGCUCGCCAACUGUUAGUUCCAUAAAUUAGUGGAAGGGUUUACGCAAAAAAAACUUGCCUAUCUUAUAGAUAGAUACUCUCUGAUUAAGACUCUUUUGUAUAUAAUAUGUUGGAAUGUUUGUUAACAUAAUUGUAAUACAAAUAAAGACACUUCAAAUGCA